AUGUCAACUGUAACGGAUUCAAAAAUCUUUGGAAACAUCUUCUCCACCACGGCUUCCUCCGAAAUAUGGUCGGAUCGAACCCGAACCAAGCACUAUCUCGACUUCGAAGCCGCCCUAGCAAAAGCACAGGGACGACUAGGCGUCAUUCCAGAGAACGCCGCACGAGCUAUUGUGGACAAUUGUGACAUCAAUUUGAUUAACAUGGAGGAGCUCCGAACGGAGACUCAGCGUAUUGGAUACCCCGUUUUGCCACUCGUAACACAGCUCGUUAGGCUGGUAAACCAGGUAGAGCCUGGUCUAGGAGAAUGGGCUCAUUGGGGUGCUACCACUCAGGAUGUGACAGACACCACUACUGUCCUUCAACUACGUGACACGUGCUCCCUAAUCUCCGAAUCCGUGAAAGCGAUUGUAUCCGCACUUGAACAGGCGGCUCAAAAAUAUGCUUCCACUCCCAUGGCAGCUCGAUCCAACCUCCAGCAAGCUGUUCCUAUGUCUUUUGGGUUCAAACUCGCCCGUCUCCUCGCCACCUUUAAAAGACACCAGCAACGUCUAUCACAGAUCCUUCCUCGACUACUCGUAGUUGAAUUUGGGGGUGCCGCUGGCACCCUCGCCAGCCUCUCCGAGACUGGUCAAGCCCUCCAAGUUCAGCAAGAACUUGCCAAAGAGCUCAACCUCGAUACCCCGGAGAUAGCAUGGCACACUGAACGAGAUCGCGUCUGCGAAACCGGCGCAUUUUUCGCAUUGAUCGCUGGGACAUGUGCGAAAUUUGCUACAGAUAUCAAAUUAUUGAUGCAGACCGAGGUUGGUGAGGUUUAUGAACCUUUUCAUUCGGGGAGAGGAUCGAGCAGUACGAUGCCGCAGAAGCGAAAUCCUAUCGGCAGUGUUUAUAUCACGGCGAUGUCCAGCACUGUCCGACAGCUUAGUGCUGCUCUGUUUGAUGCGAUGGUUGAAGAUCAUGAGCGGAGUACGGGGCCUUGGGAGGUUGAGUGGAUUGUGUUGCCGCAGAUAUCGACGAUGACACACGCCAUAUUACAGCACAUGCUGUCGAUCAUUGAAGGUUUUGAGGUGGUUCCGGAGCGGAUGAGGAAGAAUUUGGAUUCGACAAAGGGUUUGAUUGUUAGUGAGGCGGUGAUGAUGGGGUUAGGAAAGACGUUAGGGAGACAAUUUGCUCAUGACCUUGUUUAUGAGCUUUGUCGGCGGGCGAUAAAGGAGGACAGGCCACUUUUGGAACUGUUGGUUGAGGAUCAGGAAGUUAAGAGGUCCGGUGUUUCCGAGGAGGAACUGGAAAGGUUAUGUGACCCGGUCAACUACAUGGGUUUGAGUGAGGAAAUGGUACAACGAGUUAUACAAUCUUGA